AUGGGCUCAUAACCUUGCUGUUGCAAAAAUACCUAAGAUCCUAUAUAAGAAAUGAAACUCAAAAUGGAACCAAGAAAGAGUAAUCAUGAAAUAUUUGUAGCAGAUCUCAAAAAACCUAUCCCCUUAGAAUAAAUUCUGCCUCUUCAAGAAGAAGACGACUUUGCAUUAUUUUUAUUGAUGGAUCAAUAUGAUCGUCUAAUAGUAAAAAACAAAACAAAGGCCAAAUCCUAUUCACCAGCUUGCGAUAUUUAAACUAAUUCUAGAGAAAAUUUUACUUCUUAUUACUUGAAGAGAAAAAUCCAUCAUAAACCCUCUAAAAAAACAAGAUCAUUAACUACAAAGUUAUCUACAUCAUUUUAAAGCAUAGGGAUACGAAGUAUUUUGAAAAAAAAAGAACUUAUAAAUAAUAAAGCAUAAUAUUUUCAAUAAAUAUCGGAUGUUCAAAAAUCUAUAAAAAGUGUACAUUUUGAUGUUGCUUUGAGUCCUAAAAAUAAUAUAAAUAGAUAAGGUGAUGUAUUAAAAAAAAGAAAACUGUUCUUAAAAUCAUAUAUUUGA